UCUACAUGGAGCCUCCUGCUGCUAAUUUCUCCCUGCGCCUGGGGAGGGGCCUUGGGUACAGUUCACAGACACAACCCAGUGCCAGGGCUGUGCAAAGCUUCCCUCCUGUUGCAGAUAUUGACGAGUGUCAGGGGCCCACUGGAGUGAACUGCGGCCCCAACGCCACCUGCACCAACAAGCCUGGGAGUUUCCACUGCGCCUGCAACGAUGGUUUCAACUCGAGCUCUGGGAAAGCCACCUUCACGCACAUGAGUGAGAACAGUUGCCAGGAUGUGGAUGAAUGUGCUGAAAAUCCUGCAAUCUGCGGGCUCAGUCUCUAUUGCACAAACACACCUGGGAACUACACCUGCCAGUGUCCACCAGGGUAUAGUCCAUCCAUGCCAGACACCUGGAAACCUGGGAAAACCCACUGCCUAGAUAUUGAUGAAUGUUCUCAAGACAUGUCCAUCUGUGGCCUUCGCAGCUUCUGCGUCAACACCCCGGGGAGUUACAGCUGCUGGUGCAAAACAGGCCAUGCUUCCCCUGGGGGGAACUCUUGGAAACCUGGCGACAACCACACCUUGAACUGCACAGAAAACAUCCGUGACCAACUCAGGAAUCUGAAAGGAGUCAAUUUAGAAAGCCGGUGCAAAACCAGCCAGAAGAGCCAGUAAAUAUUGGGACACUAUCUGCCUAACAGUCAAUGAAGGUGCAAACAGCUCUUUGUAUGGAUUUCUGUCAGGAAGGAUACUAUCAAUUGACUUUGAUUCUUAUCUGCAUCAUUUUAACUACCCCGUUUUCAGAUACUUACUGA